GGAAAGGGUGGAAAAAGUGCAUUUUUCGAAAAUCGCAAAAUUGCUUUAAAUAAACCCUUAUUAAAAACUUGAGAAAUCAAUUGAAGGGCGCCCAAAUCAAUCAAUUCGCUUCUCAGACGAGGGAAGAGGAAACCAAGUAUUCAAUCUGCUGGAAAAGGCCGGCGAUUGAUUGGGGAAUUCCGUCGAACACAUGGUGGUCAAGCAGUUGAUCAUAGCCGUCGAAGGCACGGCCGCCAUUGGGCCCUUCUGGAUGACUAUCGUCUCCGAUUACUUGGACAAAAUUAUUCGAUGUUUCUGUGCGAACGAUUCGGUGGGCCAGAAGCCAUCAACCCCACAAGUGGAGCUAUCACUGGUUGUGUUCAAUGCGCAUGGCCCAUACAGUGCUUGCCUCGUACAGCGGAGUGGUUGGACUAGAGACAUGGACUUGUUGUUUCACUGGCUCUCAGCCAUACCGUUUGCAGGUGGUGGUUUCAAUGAUGCUGCAAUUGCUGAAGGGCUAGCUGAAGCUUUAAUGAUGUUCUCAGCCUCAACUGGAAACCAAAAUCAAAAUACAGAGUCACAAAGACAUUGUAUUCUAGUUGCUGCUAGCAACCCUUACCCAUUGCCAACACCUGUAUAUCGGCCACAAUCCCAGCAUAAAGAGCAGAGUGACAAUGAAACACCAACAGAUAAUCGUCUAUCUGAUGCAGAAGCAAUAGCAAAAUCAUUUGCUCAGUGCGCCAUCUCUCUGUCUGUUAUUUGUCCAAAGAAGUUACCCAAACUUGGAGAUAUCUACAAUGCGGGGAAGAGCAAUCCACGAGCCACAGAUCCACAUCCAGAUAGUGUUAAAAAUCCUCACUUCCUUGUCCUCAUCUCAGAUAAUUUUGUGGAGGCCCGUGCUGCUUUAAGUAGGUCCGGAAUGUUAAAUUUGCCAUCAAAUCAAAACCCUGUGAAGAUGGAUGUGACGCCUGCUGGUCCUGCUCCUCCGAUUUCCGGACAACCUCUGGCAUCUGCUCCAUUAGCAAACGGAUCUGUCAUGAGUCGCCAACCAAUAUCUGCUGUUAAAAAUAUGCCUCCUGCAACUGUAAAAGUGGAACCCACCACUGUGCCUUCUGCAACCGGGCCUGCAUUUCCACAAAUUUCAUCUGUCGCUAGGCCUGCUUCUCAAGCUGUUGCAAGCUUACCAACUUCUUCACCAAUAUCAACGUCACAGGAAAUGAUUCUGAACAAUGAAAAUGCUCAAGAUAUGAAACCUAUUGUGAACAAUAUGGUGCCCACCUCGCGUCCAGUUGGUGGUGCAGCAGCAAAUGUGAGAAUUUUGAAUGAUGUGGCACAAGCACGUCAAGUCCUAGCUAGUGGAGCCUCUAUUGGACUUUCUUCUAUGGGCGGUACACCUAUGCUGUCAAAUAUGAUGUCCAGUGGAAUGACCACUUCAGUGCCUCCUGCUCAAACCGUAAUGUCGUCAGGUUCAUCAGUUGUUGCAACAGUUACUGGAUCAUUGCCAAUACCAGCAACUGCCCAGGUUGCUCCAAACUCAGGUUCUGCACCAUUUACUUCAACAGCUGCCACCGUGCCUGGAAAUUCUAGCAUUGGCAUGUCUCAACCUUUGAGUAAUAUCCAAGUAAGCGGUAGUAUGGGUCAAACACUCCCUAGCAUGAGCAGAGGAAAUCUCCCCACCACACAAAUGGUACAGACAGGAACGGGUAUGAAUCAGAACAUGAUGAGUGGUGGCGUUACAUCUGGUAUACCUUCUGCAAAUGGCAGCAUGAUGCCUACUCCAGGAAUGUCCCAGCCGAUGCAACCAGGAAUGCAGUCUGUUGGUGUGAACGGUGCUGCAGUAAAUAUGCCCAUGAAUCAGCAGACCUCAAGUGCAAUGCCUUCAGCACAAUCAAAAUAUAUUAAAGUCUGGGAGGGAAACUUAUCAGGACAGCGUCAAGGCCAGCCUGUUUUCAUUACUAGACUGGAGGGAUACAGGAAUGCCUCAGCUUCUGAGACGCUUGCUUCAAAUUGGCCUCCGACAAUGCAGAUAGUUCGCCUGAUAUCCCAGGACCAUAUGAAUAACAAGCAAUACGUCGGAAAGGCCGAUUUUCUUGUUUUUCGUGCAAUGGAUCAGCAUGGAUUUCUUGGUCAGCUUCAAGAAAAGAAACUUUGUGCAGUAAUACAGUUACCAUCCCAGACACUGUUGCUCUCGGUUUCCGACAAGGCAUACCGCCUGAUUGGAAUGCUUUUCCCUGGGGAUAUGGUUGUCUUUAAACCUCAAAUACCCAAUCCUCAGCAACAACAGCAGCACCAGCAUUUACAACAGCAGCAACCGCUCCAACAGAUGCAACAGCAGCAGCAGCCGCAGCAACCGCUCCAACAGAUGCAGCAGCAGCAGCAGCAGCAGCCACUCCAACAGAUGCAGCAGCAGCAGCCACUCCAACAGAUGCAGCAGCAGCAGCAGCAGCAGCAACCACUUCAGCAGAUGCAGCAGCAACCAGUCCAGCAAAUGCAGCAGCAGCAACCAGUCCAGCAAAUGCAGCAGCAGCAACCGGUCCAGCAAAUGCAGCAGCAGCAACCACUCCAACAAAUGCAGCAGCAGCAACCACUCCAACAAAUGCAGCAGCAACCAAUCCAACAAAUGCAGCAGCAACAGCAACCAGUUCAGCAAAUGCAGCAGCAAUCGCUCCAGCAGAUGCAGCAGCAGCAACCACAAUUGCAGCAACAGCAGCCCCUCGGGCAGAUGCAGCAGCAACGACCGCUCAUGGCACAUCAGCAACAGCAGCAGCCAAUGUCCCAGCUGCAACAGCAGCAGAUCCCUCAAAUGCAACAACAGCCACAGCAACAGAUGGUUGGUACUGGUAUGAAUCAAACGUAUAUGCAAGGUCCCGGGCGAUCCCAGUUACUAUCCCAAGGACAGGUUUCGUCACAAGGAGCUCCGAACAUGCCUGGAGGAAACUUCAUGAGUUGACAACGUUUUCGUACUUGCUAUUAACUAAUGUCAGACUCGUCUCUUGGUAGCUCUUCAUUUAGCUUCAUCUGUUUAUACAUAAAUUACGUAUUUGACAUGGUUUCAUUUUUUACUGACUUGCUGCAGCUGAUGCUUUCAACUGGUAGGCAAUCUAGCGUUGGUGUUUUCUUC